AUGGUGAAGAAGAAAGGGAAGAAAUUUCGACCGAAUAUCAAGCAUGUUGCUAAAAAGCGUAAGAUAUUGGAAAAGAACAGGAAGAAAUGUCGAAGCAGCGUCAUCAAAGAAAAUUGGGAAUCUUCGAAAACUCCCCGUGAGAACGCACUUUCCAUGGGCUUAGCAUUCAAUCCUAAUGAAGCAGUACCAGUAGUACAGCCUCAUGCACGAAAAGUGGUGUCGGCAUUGGAGGCUGAAGCCAAUGAGCAAAAGGCUAUGCGAGAGUCUUCAGUUAGAACUGUGCGAUUACCGGAUAGGGACGUUGAAUUGUUAAUCUAUCUUUCUGAAAGAUACGGAGAUGAUUACAAGGUAGGUUCAUUCGAAGUCAUCCCUGUAGGACAUGGAGAUAUCUAG